AUGGACCUCAUCUGCCGCGCGCAUCAGGUGGUCGAGGAUGGCUACGAGUUUUUCGCCCGCCGGCAACUGGUGACGCUCUUCUCGGCGCCGAACUACUGCGGGGAGUUCGACAAUGCCGGUGCCAUGAUGAGCAUCGAUGAGAGCCUGCUCUGCUCCUUCCAGAUCCUCAAGCCGGCCGAGAAGAAGCAGCGCUACGCGCAUCCCGGGGCCGCUGCCGGGGCCGCCGGGGCCGCCCAGGCUGGCGAUCAGCAGCGCCGCCGCUAAUGUUGUGUGCCCACGCGUCCGCCUCUUCCCCUUCGCCGGGGCCCAGUGCACGCCCCAGAGCGUCGGGGGAAGUACGGGACACCGGGGAGCGUGGGGAGAAAAAAAAACACGAGAGAGCGGCCUGAAGACGGACACCCUGUGCGGGGUUCUCACGCGCCUCCUCUCUUCCUCCUCCCAGUGGCUCACAUACACAAACACACACGCACGCAUGCACACAUGCACACGCGCAGGCAUACACACGCACUCUCAGCUGCCUCCCUCCCAUGCUCCCCUUCUGUAUCAUACACCCACA